AUGCGGGGCCUCGUACGAGUCGGCGGCGCGGCGCGGGGCGUGCGUGCGCUGCACGUUUCGGCGGCGCGCCUGGGCGACCGGCAUGCACACGAAGAGCACGAGAAGCCUGGCUAUGCGAUCCACGCGCCGUUCUGGGAGCGCGCGCUGCUCGGCGCAGGCAGCGCGCUCGGCCUGCUCGUGAAUCCCAGCCGCGGCGACCUGCUCUCGGUCCUGACGCAGGUGUCGUCCUAUCCGAACAUUGAUCGGCUCGUGCAGCAGAUGCGCCAGACGCACGAGGGCCGCCGCCUGAUGGCCGCGCGCCCGUCGAUCAACUCGCGCACGAUCGAUCUCCCGGCGCUGUGGGCGCUGCCGGACGACACGUUCGGCAAGGAGUGGGUGCGCUGGCUCAAGGCGAACAACGUCGGACCGGACGGCCGCUGCGAGGCACGGUACAUGCCGACGCUCGAGACGCGAUACGUCAUCCAGCGCUACCGCGAAACACACGACUUUUACCACGUCCUCCUCGGCAUGCCGACGUCGACGCUCGGCGAGACGGUCGUCAAGUACUUUGAAAUGGCACACAUGCACCUCCCAGUCGCCGCGCUCUCGGCGCUCGGCGGCUCGCUGCGCCUCGUGAACGACGACCGCCGUGCCCUCUUUGCCAAAGAGAAUGCAACGCUCACCGCGCAGCUCCAGUCGCUUGCGCCGUGGGCCGUGCGCCUCGGACGCAAUAUCCGCCUGCCGCUGAUCGGCAUCGAGUGGGAAAAGCGCUGGGAGCAGCCGCUCGACGAGCUCCGCGUCGAGCUCGGCCUCGACGAGCCGCCGCCGGUCGUGCUCGACACCAUGGCGCCGCCACGCGCGCCGGCACGGCCGCGCGCCACCGUCGCCGGCCGCCGCUUCCAGGGGUGGCCGAGCAAGGUCUGGGAGCGCCACGGGCCAAAGGAUCCACGCUGGUCUACAUAG